AUUCGGUUAGAACAAGACUGCUUGAAAAACGUGAAUUUUCUUCGAAAGUUCAAACCACUGAGAAUUUUGAUCUGGGUGUUCGGUUUGCUUUCAAAAUCGAGUUCAUUCAAUUCUUCGGAUUUCGGAAAUCUGGAUUUUUUGUGUACUUGUUUCGAAAGUUUUGUUCAAAUGCUUUUAUGUUGACUGAUAUUUUGAUCAUUUUAAAACUAUGAUGUGAUAAGAUUAGACUUGACUCUUGAAAGAACUCUUUUGGUAACCUUCAUGAUAUGUUGGUGUUUGUAAAAUGAUUCGUGGUUAUUGUCUUCAUAUUCCGUUGAUCAGCUGCUGUAGCUCUGUUAGUGGCUUCCAAUGCUCAUCAUUAAAGAUUUUGUGACCAUUGAAUUCUAUGUAUGGCAAAUGAUAAUUGACGAAAUAACCUCAUCAGAAUCACGGAAGGCUUCUUCGGAAGAGCCUCUUUUUUCAUGAAUGGUAUUCUUAAAAUGCAAAAUCUUCAGGCUGCCACUGAAGAAGCUGAAAGUUUAUUGUAUAAAGCGAAGAAGUGUGUUCCAAAAUUUUGCAACAACUUAUACAACGGCAGACAAUCUUUCAGCAUUUUUCAAAAACUAGCCGAAAUCCGAAAAGAAGAAUUGUCGUCCACAUUUUCUUUGGCGGAUCCCUUGGUUGAGCAAAACCACAUAAAACUGACGGAUUCUCGAUUAAUAGAAAAACUAGUCAUUCGCGAACGUUUGAAUACGCUCAUUUUUAAUCUAUAUCCUGCUAACAAAGGGUACACUUUAUCCGUGGUCAUUCGGAAUAGUGAUAAUACAGAGAAAACAAUCAACAGCAUGAGAUUACCGUAUACCGAAGAACAACUAUUUUCUUAUGUCGAUAAUGAAGAAAUACCACCUUUAUUGUGUAACAUGAUCGACAACUGUGUUGUUCAUUUGUAUUACAAUGGAUGUAUCAUAGCUGAAAUUAGAGAUUACCGUAAAUCAGCUGGACUGACUCAUUGUAUCAAACACUACGUUCUGUUGCAUCAAUCCGCAUUGACCAUAAUAAAUGAUGUAAACGAAACGAUAACGGCAGAAUCCAAAGUAGAAGAUAAAAUCAGUGCAAAAUUGGAACUUGAAAAAACAUUAGUGUUAGCCAAUUAUGGUCCUUUGUGCUUAAAUCCUAAUCCAAGUUUAGCUAUUGCGAAUCAGAAAUUGCAUUAUUCCAAGUAUUUUUUCAAUACUCAUAAAUUAAAAUUCAAAGCACGAAAACACACGCUGCUUGGAAUCGCUCAAAAGAAGCGGCAAGAGCAGUUGACGAAAUGUAUUCCGCCCGUGUCAAAUCUGAUAAAUUUCAUUGCUAAGAAGAAAGCCGCUCAAGUACCCAAACUAAAAAUACCCAGAAAACUUCUUCCGGAAUGUCCUGUAAGUGAUGAGUUUUUGACAGAAGCAGCCCGUACCGUUCUAGAAUUAGCAAAACCAAUCGAACGUCCUACUGACACUAAUCAAAGUAUAUUCAAUUCAAAACUUAUCGAGGAAUAUAUUAUAGAAACUAGAGACGAAGCUAGAUUACAAUUCAUGAUUAAACUAACGAUUUCGCAAAGGAAUGCGGAUUAUGAGUAUAUUGGUGAAAUACAACAAAGUCGUGAGUUACCGACUGGUGGUUUUCAUAACAUAUCUUACAGUUUUCCCUUGGGUACACACGAACUUGCCACUAGAUACGUUUUAGAAUUCACCAAUGUUUACACGGAGCGAGGGAAAAUUCGAAUCAAUUUCACUCACAAAGUUGCAGGAAAACCUGCUGAAGUUUUCGUUACAUCUGGUUUACGUAUGGAGGGCAGCAAAUUGGUUCCAAUCGAAUCUAAAUCUCUUGGACUUGAUACUUUAGUUUCGUGGCAGACAUUUUCAGAUUCACGGAACGAUACUAAUAAAGUUAAAAGUGUUAUCAGCGUACCAAAAGCUCGUAAUGUCGAAAAGGUGCAAAUCAUUUCGCAACCAACUAAUUUGCCAAAUGUUAUGAAACAGAUAGGUGUUUCGUCGGAUCCUAUGAACUCAAAUCAAUUGCAGCUGAUAAGAGAUCAACAACAUUUACAAAUGCAAAUACAGCAGCAAUUGCAACAUCAAAUUUUGCAGCACAAAAGACAACAAAAUCAACAGUUGCAACAGGAAAUUAAAGCUAUUGCGAAUUUCAAAGCUCAAAUUCAAGAACAUAUGCAAAUGCAACAAUCGAAUGUAGUUAAUGGAGUGAUAUCUCAACCUGUACCGCAGUAUACGUCUCUAUUAAAUAAGAAAGAAAACAUUACGAAUAGUCCGUCUACGUCGCAGACGGUGUCUCCUCAAAGAAUCAUGACAGCUGUUUUGCCAAAAACACCAACUUCCACGAUGCAGUAUCAAACUGCAACAAAUGAUGUUUCUCUAGUAGAGGCUGUGAACGUAACAGGAAACUCCGCUGUGUUACCUUCUAUAAAUGGAAAUAACUCUACGAUUUUGAGUUUGCUGGCCAGUUCGUCGGCUCAGUCACCAUCGUCGUCAUCUUCUCCGUCUUCUACUAAUAUUAACUUGAGUAAUUUGUUAACAUCGACGCCAAAUGCAAGAAACAUGAAUACUAACCAUACAGUAAAUGUUGCUGGUCAAAGAGUAGUAGCAAAAAGAUUGAAAAUGCAAAACGGUGGUAGAAUGAUUCCGGCUAAUCAAUCUCCUACGCAGUCAAGUAUCGCCAAUGCUACAGUUAUCGCUGCGGCAGCAGCCAAUGUUUCUAGUGUAGCUUCAAAUAUUAACGCUCAACCUGUAAUUAGAUUAUCGCUUUCAUCGUUAACAAAUCAGGCAACUCCUGUGAUACAACCAAGAACCAUGAAAAAUAUUGCAGGUCGUGUAAUAACACCAGGCAAUAUAAAAACAGCAUCUUUGAUGAAUAACAUUCAACCAGUGAACGUGACCUCGACGGGAAACAUACAGAUAAGCAAUAAUAUGCAUAACUUAUCAGCUGUACAGUCUUUACUGAAUAGCAAUGUGCAAACUGCCAACGCUAUUCGCUUGAAAACCAACAACAGAAGGAACGUUUCGGUAGCUGGUCUUCAGUCCUUGGCGGUUAAUAAUGUUAAUAAUCAAACAGUUGGCGAAACGCAAACGAUGAAUUGCGCCAAGAUGCAAGCCAUUGGUACAACUCAAGCUAAUGCAAACACUAGUACGCAUUUAUCGACCGCUGAGUUGCAAACUCUAGCUGGUACAUUAACUGCUGCCCCGACGAUAGGAACUAUUCAAUUAGCGAGAAACGUUCAAGCAUUGCCAUCAGGCAGUGUCCAUCUUGUUAGUAAUACCAAUGCUUCACAAAAUAUCGGCGCUAUGAAUAAAGCAACUUCUUUGAACAGUAUUCAGUUGAACGCUACUAGCGAUAGCAUUGUUGCGGGAAAAGCUCAGAAAAUAAUGCGUCUAGCCAGUAACCCAGAAGCAACAGCUCAAACCAGCGUAGGCUUACCCGUGUCUGCCUUAUCUGCAUUGCUAUCAGGAACGCCAAUUACGGAUAGUACGAUUUCGAAUCCUGCAAAAGGUUUGAGUUUGGUUGAACGGAUAGGAUCUACGGCGACAGCUGUGAGCCAACCUGCUUCUGCAUCUGCUACCAAUGCUACCAUUGUUACUAACCCUACGAAUGCUAACGUGGGCGUGCAAAAUGUUCAGGUGUCGAUUCCUGGAAUGGCAGUUCCUAUUACAUUAUCGUUAAAUGUAGGUGAUCAGGGUACCAACUCCUAUCUGGAUGCUCUAUCUCAGAACGCUCACGCAGUUACCACAUUAUCGAAUGUAGUUGGAACUUCCGUAAUUUUUGCCAAUUCGAAUGCUGGUGGUGGUAUAAAAACGUCAGCACUUCGACCUGUAACGAAUGCUACGACGGUAACUAAUGUGCAAGCCGGAACUGUUCAACAACUACAGCUAAUCGGUUCGGUGCAACGUAAUAAAUUAGGAACCCCGGUACAAAAACAAAUGGCUGCUCGUAGUUUGUUGAACGCAAAUCGCGUUAGAUUAGCUGUGUCUCCUAAUGCCGUCGUUCAACAACAAUCUGGUGGUCAAGGCCAAGUUCUUAGUGUUACUGCCCAACAGCAAUUACAACUCGCUCUACAAAAGCAAGCUCAUCAGUUACAGCUGCAUCAAGGAUUAACGGCAGCUGGUGGCUUGAAAGUUGCCCAGAAAAGGCGCAGGUCUUCCGUCGCGACUGAUGGUAGUUAAUGCUUCAUGAAUACGAUAUAUCGAUGCAUUUGAUCUACAGUGAAGUUUCAUUGGGCGAAAAUUUAGCUGAAUCUUAUAAUUAUAUUUCUGUGAUGUAAGUUCUGUUUCUUAAUCGUGUGUAGCGUUAUAAUACAUAUAAGAGGACA